GUUGUAGUUAUUGAGUUCCUUGGAAAGAGGGAGCGAAGAGAGAAAGGGGGUUUGCAGAGCAGACUUCAUCACAAUCUUUCAAAGGAGAGGGCUGAGCUGAUAGUCUACUCACUAAUCAUAUCCUUCAGAUAUAUAUCGUAUCUCUGAGAUAGUUUAGUUUACAGUUGCAGAAGAAAUGUCUACCAUCAUUGUGGCACUCCUGGUUUUCCUGACUAUCCAUGGAGCCUCAGGUAUCAGUCCUAGAUGCCAAUGCCUCUUUAAGGAGAAAAGGCCAAUUGGACGUUUCAUAAGCACAGUGGAGAUUUACCCUGCAAACUCCUACUGCAAAAGCACUGAGAUUAUUGCCACGCUCAAGAAGGAGGGGCAAAAGAUUUGUCUGGACCCCAAUGCUCCAUGGGUCAAACAAGUGCUUAAAAGUAAAAAGAUUAGGCAGACACCUUGAAGAAUAUACCUUCCCUGAUUUGGCUAAGAUGGACAGAGGAUAGACACAUGGAAAAUAGAAGCACAGACUGCAGUUAUAGAACAUAAACUGGGUUCUGUUUGAAGAUGUAGAAGCAGGAUUGUUUAUACCUGUUUUCACUUUACAGCACUUAACUGUGUUCUCUUACUAUUGUUGUCAACUAUCGGUGUUUGUAUUUCCUUAAAAAUAUAUCCUUAUAAACAUUACAUGUUCAUUUAAUACAUUGUGGGGAAAAACCUUAUUAACUAACGGUAAGGAGGGACUAGAUAGUGGGCAAUGAGGUCAGAGCGCAAUAGCAAGUCAUGAAAUGGGUUUAAACAUUUAUUAGAAGAGUUGGCAUUUAAUGGUUUGUUUUUGUUUGUAAGGUUUUUUAAGCAAUAAAGGGAUUAAUAGUAUAUUUUUUUUUUCAAAUAAGUCACAUUAGUACUGUCCCAUUUCUCCAUCUCUGAAUAUAACAUGCUAUACAUCUAAAACUCAUCAUACAGUGUAACUCACCAAAUUCAGUUUUCUUAAAGCAUAUUAAUAAAAAAUAAUAAGAGGAAGAGGAAGUCUUGCCUGGGAAAGUAUUGUGUUACAUUGAACCUUGUUUCUGUCUAGUUUUUUUUUUCAUCCUUUUGCAAAGAUAUAAACACUGUGUGACUGUUACAUGUGCUGUGCUACAUACUAUACAUUUUGUCAAGGACAUUUUUGCUGUCUUUGCAAUGUCAGGAAAAAAAUGUGGAAAAAUAUAUCUAUUCAUUCAUUUUCUUAACUGGUUAUCCAAUGCAGAGUCAUGGUGGGGCUAGAAUCCUGCCCAAAAUGUCAUAGGGUGAGAGGUUGACAUGUACACUCUGUUCAGGUAUAUCGUCCAUUGCAGGGUAAAGCAAAAAGGAGAAUUUCUUGGAUUGUGUCAUGUAGACUAUGGCACAUGGUGAGAUUAUAUUUUCAGUGGAAGGAGAUUGCCACUUCUUGGACAAAGAUGCAUAAGAUUAGGAUUGUCUCAUUUACUGAAUACUUCUAUAGUAGCUGAAAGCCAUUCAAAAUUAAACAGUUUUUACUGUGCCCUUUUCAAGAAGAAUCCUUGGCCGGUGUAUAACCAUAGUCAGCUUCUUCUGA